CCUCACACUUACUACUUUGUCCUUAUCAAUUAUCAUAACUACAAAAACACAUACAGAUUUUUGUGUCUGAAAACCAAAAAGAAUAUCUCUCUUUUUUUUUUUUUUUGGGUUAUAAAUAAAAGCAGAGGAGAAAUCGAAAUUGAAGCGAGCUUUGUAGAGAGUUCGAGCUUGAAGAGAAAUCAGAAUGGCCGGAAAUGAUUGGAUAAACAGCUACUUGGAAGCUAUAUUGGACGUGGGUCCAGCCUUAGACGAUGUAAAGUCAUCUCUUUUGCUCAGAGAGAGAGGCCACUUCAGCCCCACUCGCUAUUUCGUUGAGGAAGUCAUCACUGGCUUCGAUGAGACCGAUCUCCACCGUUCCUGGGUCAAGGCUUCAGCGACGAGGAGCCCCCAGGAGAGGAAUACGAGGUUGGAGAAUAUGUGUUGGAGGAUUUGGAACUUGGCUCGCCAGAAAAAGCAGCUUGAGGGAGAAGAAGCCCAAAGGAAGGCUAAACGUCGCCUUGAACGCGAACGAGGCCGCAGAGAAGCAGUUGCUGAUAUGUCUGAAGACUUAUCAGAGGGAGAGAAAGGAGAUGUUGUUAGUGACAUAUCAACUCAUGGUGAAAGCAACAGAAGUAGAUUGCCAAGAAUCAGCUCUAUGGAUUCAAUGGAGACAUGGACUAAUCAACAGAAGGGGAAAAAGCUAUACAUCGUAUUAAUAAGCCUUCACGGUCUUAUCCGGGGUGAAAAUAUGGAGCUUGGUCGUGAUUCUGAUACUGGUGGUCAGGUUAAGUAUGUUGUGGAACUUGCAAGGGCCUUGGGCGCAAUGCCAGGGGUGUAUCGGGUUGAUUUGUUGACUAGACAAGUAUCUUCCCCAGAAGUAGAUUGGAGUUACGGUGAACCCACAGAGAUGCUGACACCAAGAAACUCAGAAGGUUUCAUGGAUGACUUGGGGGAGAGCAGUGGUUCCUAUAUUAUUCGGAUUCCAUUUGGACCGAAAGAUAAGUAUAUUCCCAAAGAACUUCUGUGGCCUUAUAUCCCUGAAUUUGUUGAUGGUGCGCUUAAUCACAUAAUACAGAUGUCCAAAGUUUUGGGUGAGCAAAUAGGUGGUGCGCAGUCAAUCUGGCCUGUUGCCAUCCAUGGGCAUUAUGCAGAUGCAGGUGACUCUGCUGCUCUUCUGUCUGGUGCUUUAAAUGUACCAAUGCUCUUUACUGGCCACUCACUUGGUCGAGACAAGUUAGAACAACUUUUAACGCAAGGCCGCCAAACUAGGGAUGAAAUAAAUAUGACAUACAAAAUUAUGCGUCGGAUAGAGGCUGAGGAAUUAUCUCUUGAUUCUUCUGAAAUUGUCAUAACUAGCACCAGACAAGAAAUAGAGGAGCAAUGGCGUUUGUAUGAUGGGUUUGAUCCAGUUCUGGAGCGUAAACUACGAGCAAGGAUCAGGCGUAAUGUAAGCUGUUAUGGCAGGUUCAUGCCUCGCAUGUUGGUAAUUCCUCCUGGAAUGGAGUUUAAUCAUAUUAUUCCACAAGAUGGUGAUGUGGAUGGUGAAUCAGAAGGAAAUGAAGAACAUUCUGCUUCUCCAGACCCACAUAUCUGGUCCGAGAUAAUGCGCUUCUUUUCCAACCCUCGUAAGCCCAUGAUACUGGCUCUUGCUAGACCAGAUCCCAAAAAGAACAUCACGACUUUAGUCAAAGCAUUUGGAGAAUGCCGUGCACUAAGAGAGCUUGCUAAUCUUACACUAAUUAUGGGUAAUCGAGAUGGAAUUGAUGAAAUGUCAGGCACAAAUUCUUCUGUUCUCCUCUCAGUGCUUAAGCUUAUUGACAAAUUUGAUCUCUAUGGGCAAGUUGCGUAUCCCAAACACCACAAACAGUCCGAUGUUCCUGACAUAUAUCGUCUAGCAGCAAAGACAAAGGGGGUUUUCAUUAAUCCAGCUUUCAUCGAGCCAUUUGGGCUUACUCUACUUGAGGCAACAGCUUAUGGUUUGCCUAUGGUUGCGACAAAAAAUGGAGGUCCAGUUGAUAUACAUCGGGUACUUGAUAAUGGUCUUCUCAUUGAUCCCCAUGAUCAGCAGUCCAUUGCAGAUGCUCUUCUAAAGCUUGUUGCAGAUAAGCAGCUUUGGGCAAGAUGUCGACAGAAUGGGUUAAAGAAUAUUCACCUAUUUUCAUGGCCAGAGCAUUGCAAGACUUACCUAUCUCGAAUAACCAGUUGCAAACCAAGGCAUCCACAGUGGCAGAGAAAUGAUGAUGAAGAUGAAUCAGAAAAUGAGUCUCCAGGGGAUUCCUUGAGAGACAUACAGGAUAUAUCUUUGAACCUAAGAUUUUCAUUGGAUGGAGAAAAGAGUGGAGCUAGUGGAAAUGAUAAUUCCUUAGAUUCCGAAGGUAAUGCUGUUGAUAGAAAGAGUAAAUUAGAGAAUGCUGUUUUGAAUUGGUCAAAGGGCAUUUCAAAGGAUGCACGAAAGGCUGGGUCCACAGAGAAAGCAGAUCACGCUGGUAAAUUUCCAGCAUUGAGGAGGAGAAAACAUCUCUUUGUCAUUGCUGUGGAUUGUGAUACUGAUACAGGUCUACUUGAAACCACCAGAAAGAUUUUGGAAGCUGCAGAAAAGGAAAGGAGUGAAGGAUCUGUGGGGUUCAUAUUGUCUACGUCCUUGACCAUAUCUGAGAUACACUCUUUUCUGGUGUCAGGGGGAUUGAGCCCUCAUGAUUUUGAUGCUUUUAUUUGCAACAGUGGCAGUGAUCUCUACUAUUCAUCUCUUAAUCCAGAUGAUGGCCCCUUUGUGGCUGACUUUUACUACCACUCACAUAUUGAAUACCGUUGGGGUGGAGAGGGCUUGAGGAAGACUUUGGUUCGUUGGGCAUCUUCAAUUACUGAUAAGAAGGCUGAGAAUGGGGAACAGCUUGUUACUUCAGCUGAACAACUCUCAACCAACUACUGUUAUGCUUUUAAAGUGCAAAAGCCAGGAAUGGUACCCCCUCUUAAAGAGCUUAGGAAAUUGCUCAGAAUUCAGGCUCUGCGUUGCCAUGUUGUUUAUUGUCAAAAUGGAACCAGGCUUAAUGUAAUUCCAGUGCUGGCAUCUCGUUCCCAAGCCCUACGGUAUUUGUAUAUUCGUUGGGGUGUAGAGUUGUCGAAGAUGGUUGUUUUUGUUGGAGAAUGUGGUGACACAGAUUACGAAGGAUUGCUUGUUGGACUGCACGCAAGUGUAAUAUUAAAGGGUGUUUGUAGCAGUGCCACCAAUCAACUUCAUGCUAACAGAACGUACCCACUUUCGGAUGUCUUGCCAUCUGAAAGCCCCAACAUUGUUCAGACAAAUGAAGAGUCUGGUAGUGAUGAUAUCCGGGCUUCCUUGGAGAAAUUAGGAUUUCUCAAGGGUUAGAAAUUUACAAGUUUUACAACCGCGCUCUCUUAAUUGCCUUGAUGUAUUUUUUAGAGGUUUAUUCAUAUAACAUCAAGGCAAUAUUCAUCAUCUUUUAUUUGUUCUCUUCAAAGUAAAGCUUUCAGUGGCUUGUGAGUUUUGGAAUAAGAAGCCAAAUUUUCUCUUGUUUGUAUAGCUGUUGCAACUUGCAACUUUCUAUGUAUCAAUGGCACCUGAGUUUCUGGGAUGAA